GAGAGAGAGAGAGAGCGUGCAAUCUGGAUCAACAAGCUAGCUAGUUCCGCCUUGCUAUCGCUUUGAAGUAGACUGCAGUUUAGCCCCAGCCCUCAGAUAGUGCAGUGAUCACCUUGAUCACACUGUGAACCGAAAACAUGAUGACAAAUCACCAGCGACAGCGACGAUCGGUGCCCCAGAUUUCCCUCAGAUCGCACGCGAUAUCACACAAAAGUGACCAAAAGCUACUGUGGUUGCUACUGUUUAGUGUUCUCCUCUCGUUCAGUGCUCCCGGUGUAGAAGCUCUCCGGUGCUACGCCUGCGGACUGACGCAAUCCUCCGGUGAUCCACGGUGCGUGACGGAACCGGGCAGUGUCGAGGGCCAGAGUGUGGUCACGUGUUCGCGCAAGUACUGCACCAUCACGCGCCAGGAACUAGUGGAUCCACCCGGAAAGCUGGUGACGUUUGUGCGCGGUUGCGAAGAGAGCCCGCUGUACCUGGACGAAGUGCUGGAAGAUCCGACCUUCAUCACCUACUAUCGCUCGUGCACGACGGAUCUGUGCAACGGUGGCGACGGGCUCGGUUCGACCGGAUCUGAGCUGACCGGACUGAACGAGGGUGCCUCGGAAAAUCUCAUCGUACCGGGACUAGCGGGCAACGGAGCCACAUUGGGUCUCAUUAAAAUCGCAUCACUGCUCGCAGCGGUCGUUACCACCGUCACCGGUGCCAUUGGUGGUGGUUGGGGCAACUCGCUGUCACUUGACUAACCCUCCUCCUCCCCGGGGGGGCCAACAUUAAGCCCCAGGGGCGAUCAGUGGGCAGCUCUAAUCUCUACUUUUAUUCCUCUUCCGGAAGCGCUUUCUUUCUUUAUUUCUUUCUUUCCAUCUCUGUUCCAAUAAUGCACAUCGAUCCGGAGGUACUUUGAACUCUCCUUCGUUUCGUUCCCUCGCAAGGGAUCGCUUCAAAAUGACCUUAUCCCUCCCCGCUUCCACCUUCCCUUUCAUCCUGCUGAUGAUGUCCGGCAUUAGUGUUCGCUCUAGUCCCACGCAAAACAUUGAGAUAAGCUGCUUCCGUGUUUCUAACCUAGCUUAAAGGGAAUUUGUGGCCAACAACCAUGCCAAUAUCUGCUCUUAAAGUGCGCUUCGUUAGCGGUCCCUUUCUGUUGUGCACACACGCAUCGACACACAAACAAACACGGAGAUACAACGAAGUGAAAACCGCCGGUCUGUCUGUGCCGGGGUUUUGCAUGUUAAACAAGCGGAGCAAAUAAAUCGGAAGCGGGAUAGACUUGUUGUUAA